CCAUUUCCCCCCCUCGCCAACCCAUUUCUCCUUCGCCUGGUUCUUUGCCUCCCCUCAUUUCCAGCAACUCUUCAUUUCGCCUUCCUUGUCUCUUCCUUUCGCGUAAUCUCUUCCUUUCGCGUAGACUCUCGCUCGUUUCGCCUGCCUUUUCUCGCCUCAGCCAGCGAAGAAAAUAUUUCCUGGUUCUGACUCUCCCCCCUCCUCGCCCAACCUGGCGUCGCUAAACUCUGCCAUGGCGAUUCGUUUCUCCCCAGAGGAGCUCAAAGGGGAGCUCCUCAGGGUGAGACGCGAGCUAGCUCAUUUGGAUACACUUUUGGAUCGCACUUUCAGGGACAUUGAGGCUGCGAGUGAACAUGGCGAGAGGGAUCGCAUGGAUGAUGCGAGAAAUGUACGACAAUGUCUGUGGAAGGACAAGGAGCAGUUACGAUCACAAGAGACGAUAUUUCUGAAGCUUUUGUUUGAUCCGAACUCCGUUGGCGGAAAUCCCGGGGAAAAUGGAGCGCCGACUGGUGGCACGCCCUUCCCCCCACAGUUUUCCGUUGAUGGUUCGCCGAUGCCGAUGAUGGGUCAUGGAGAUCCGUCUCGGAUGCUCCACUCGGUAUUUACGCCUCCAUCCAUGCUUGGCGUUAAGCCGGGAAAGUUGAAGAUGCGACGCAACAAGCUCGCUUCUCCCGGCCUGCCGACUUCCAUGUCUGACGGAAAGUCUCCAUCUGGUUUCGAGUCUGACUUCGCUAAUCCUUCCGGAUACGAAGUCAACCGGAGUGCAGAGUGCAAGGUUCGCGACGUAUGGCUCGAAUGGAAGGAAGGGCUGAACGGUUUUCCUUCAAUCGAGAAGCUUGAAGAAGAGAGGAAGAAGGACCGGAAGAAAGUUUGGUGGAAGAAUAUGAAUGACUACAAAUAUUGGAGCAAGCAGAUGAGGAUUGUUCAUGCUGUAGAAGAAAAGGCUCGCGAGCUUGGUGGGGAUCUUGACGCCAGCAUUAACUUCUGGGAGGACAUUCUCCGAGAGGAGUUUGACGGAAGUGUGUCGAAGCUUCGCGAAGCGCUAGGAGGCCAGAAGACGAACGAAGAAGACAUUGGCCGUUUCAAGAAGCGAUGCCGGGACCUGCUGCAGAAGGGAUUGCUUCGGAUGGCUAAGAAGAGGCAGAUGUCACACCAGCCGUCCGAUCAGCAUCAUGCGCAUCAGCAACAAGUCUUGCACCAGCAGCAGAUGAUGGAAAUGCAGCAACAGACUUUUACUCAAGCUGUUCAAAGCGACAUGGUUCACAUGGGAGCCAUGGCCAUGCCUCACGAUCCAAAUGCACUUGCGAAACAUGAAGGCCAGCACGAAGCUUCGCAGCAGCAGGUUCUGGAAGACAGCAUGUUACACGAAGCUGCUGCAGCUGCUGCUGCUGCUGCUGCAGCGGCGCAGGGUCAGCUGGAUAAUGGCGUGCUACUCCUGCAGGGAACGCACGGGCUGCAGCAGAUGCCUGGCGGAAGUCAGGCAGUGAUGCAGGCACAUGGCGACGAGCAGCUUGAAGACGCUCAGGAGCAGCUGCAGCAGCAGCAGCAGCAGCAACAGCAGCAGGAGCAGAUGCAGCAGCAGAUGCAUGAAAAUGGGCUCAUUGCUGCUUCCAUGCAUGCUGCUGCACAAGCAGGGCAUCCUGAGGAGGAGGAGCAUGGUGCAGGGGAAGAAGAUCAGCAUGCUGAGGAUGAGGAGCAUAUGCAUGAGGAUCAUCAUGGGGUGGUGGAGGAAGGAGAUGAGGAAUUGGAGGGGGAAGGCAGGGGAGAAGAUGGUGAGGGGGGAGAGGAACAUGUGCAGUAGGAGAGACCGUAAAUAGUGGGGUGGGGUGGUAGUUGCACUGCUGGUGCCUACACACCUGCAUGAUUACCUUCAACCUUGUUUUGUGCACCUCUUCUUUUAGUUCUGGCCUGUUUUUUUCAAUAAUGACUACUAAUGGAA